AUUUCUCAUUUCAAACUUCCGUUUUAAAGAUUAAAUUUAAACUUCCCUUUAUUUAAGAUCACUGAACUUCACUGAACUUGGAUUUUGCCCUUUGGUUGGCCUUUGGACUUUCAGCAAUCGCACCACCAACUGGCCAGCGGUUAUUUUGCUGAAAUCUUGGAUAUAUAGAGGAAUGUCAGUGUUACCAUGCAAGAAGGUACAGUAUAUAUUAAAAGUAUAAAAGUAAUGAAAUUUAAUUUUAUUGCCAUGUUUUCUCACAAUUCAGUGACCGCCACAGCAAUACAGAACAAAAUAUAGCAAAUGACAACCGUAAACCUCUGAACAUUAAAAAGCUGUAUAAGCCCACCAUACUCACUAACGCUCUGGCCAUUUCGAAUAUAAGCCCCCAAAUAUAGAUCCCUCCGUCACAGUCUCUGUAAUCACAUGGGCUUAUUAUUGGACAGGCAACGACGGGAGUUAAUUCCAACAGCUCACACAACAAUAAUUACAUUGUGUUAUUUUUGAGGUUUACAGUACCACAAAAGCCGAACUAUGCAGGUUUUAGCAUAGCUGCAUAGGUCUCCCGAAAGGUCUUUUAUUUAAAAAAAAUCCAUACAAUUUGAGCUUUAAAUGCAAUGCUUUGACAUGCAAUGCUUCAAUGUACAGUAAAACCUCUAUAAUUUGUUUUACAUGAUGUACGUGUAACAUCACAAUAGCGUUGCAUCAUUAUGUAUAUAUAUUACAUAAUGACGUAACCAGUGGACGCAACGCUAUCACAGAAUAGGAAGUUAUACCAGAAGCGUAACUCGAGCAAAUAUUUGUCCGCGUUUUUACAAGCGAUUCGUCAUCAAUCACGCCAUCCUGGCUAGUACAACCGGCACUUUGCACCUACCAAAUCCUGAUAAAAACUUCCGGCUGUACUAGCCAGGAUGGCGUGGCCUGACGUGAGCGAGUUAAAAUUUUCGUGGACGUCAAACAAUAAGGGAAACGACUAGAGUUACGCUUCUGGUAUAACUUCCUAUUCUGUGACGCUAUUGUGAUGUUACACAUACUUCAUGUAAUACAAAUUAUAGAGGUUUUACUGUACAUUGAAGCAUUGCAUGUCAAAGCAUUGCAUUUAAAGCAAAUUGUAUGGAUUUUUUUAAAUAAAAGACCUUUUCGGGAGACUAUGGUUUUAGUGUUUUGACUGCAGAGCUAGACGACAGAGGUAAUUAAUACUGAUUAUGUCAAUUACAUGGGUAGAUUCAAUAUUCAGAAUAAUGCUACAUUAUUAACUAGUUUUAUUAUACAUUGUAGUCACUAGUACUACAUGUCCAGGGAUGUAUAUACAAAAAAAUACUUGUUGCAGGAGGAGGUGAUGUUUUAACCCCCAUCCCUCCCUCCCCCUAACCUGAGUAUCAGCGAUCGCCACAAACCGUAAUCCGAUCGCUUUCCACCCACAGCAAAGUUUAUAUUUAGUAUCCAAUCAAAAUGUUGCAAUGAUUGCAGGUUACCCUCCCUCUGCCUAAUGUGCUCCCUUGUGAUUGGCCAGUAGCCUACAUCUAAAUAUGGAAAUUAUGCAAGCGUACACAUAAGGCAUAAAAAAAUACCUGUGGUUCCAGUUCCCGACCGACCCUAUUUUUUUCUGCCUAUUAUUUUUUCAACAUAAUUGACCAUGCAACCCUAUUUUCUCCAGGUGGUUGCGGGCUGCUCAUACAGCGUGCCAAAAUGGCAUCUGUUGUCACACUAAUUAUUGAACCAAAUUGCCUAAAUUCGUCCAUAGGAAAUACGCAUCUCUACUUACUGUCGUUCCAAUUGAAGUGUUGCUCAAAUAUUGAUUCAAUACAUUACCUCGGGCUGACCAAUUCAUUUGAUCAAGUUCCUCGAGAUAUUCAUACACUUCCUAGUAUAAUUGUAAACUUCCUGUUGAAUAGUUUGAAUGCACCAAUCACCUUUGUUGUUUGUCCAACUAACCAAUCAUAAAUAGAAAGGAAGUGACCAGAAAUGAUCAAAUACUUGGAAUUGGCUCUUUCACAGGAAGUGUAUGAAUAUCUCGAGGAACUUGAUCAAAUGAAUUGGUCAGCCCGAGGUAAUGUAUUGAAUCAAUAUUUGAGCAACACUUCAAUUGGAACGACAGUAACAUUGAUGUCGGGACUCUACUGCAAAUCGCCCAGCAAAAAACCGCCAAAACCAUGAAAAAAAUAUUCAAAAAAAAAAUUUAUUUCCGACCUACCGACCCUAAUUUUUUCACGAUAUGGAACCGGAACCACAGGUAUUUUUUUUACGCCUAACUGACUUUUAUCUGCUAGCAGAUUUACUGAGUUAUGUGUAGGUUGAGCCUGUGGUUGAGAUCCCUAUAGGACUGAAUCCCUUUUAAUCCCCAAUUAACAUAAUUAGCCAUGCAAUCAAAGAGUUGAUAAUAAGCAGCAGAAUAGUAGCCAAUCACAGUACAGUACAGUACAGUACAGUACAGUACAGUACAGUACAGUACAGUACAGAAAUCUAUUCAAUUUAAGGCAGUGCGAACACUAGGUUGUUCCUAUCUAAUCCUAACCCUAAUCAAACCCUUUCCCUGAUCCUAACCCUAAAAGUCUAAAAAUAGUAACUGUUCCUAAAUUGUGACUCAUUGGCAAGGAAAACUGUGAGUUUUCCAUAAGCGUGGUGCAUGAGCGAGCCUUCACUGACCUCUCUAUCUAAUAUAUGCUACUGUCCCAACAUUACCAUUAUUUGAGAUGGCCAUUUUGUUAUGUUUUAGAUUAUCUUUUGUUUACAAAGUUUAUAUAUCGGCUUUUUAUCACAUACACUAGACAGAUUUAGAUCGACGACGCGGACGUCAAAGACGGCGACGUGUUGUGCCCAUGUAUGGAUAUGCCACGUCACUAAGUUUCGACGCCAUUUUCACGUCGUCUUUAACGUCCGCGUCCUCGAUCUAAAUCUGGCUACUAUGCGUGACUGGACAGUUGUUGUAGCACAGUAAAAUGAAUUUGCUUGUUCAAGUACAUUAUAUUUGAAAAAAUGGAUGCAUGUACAACAACCUCGCAAUGUUUACAUAUUUAACUAAAGCUUUCUGACUAUUUUCUCAUGAGCUCACAAAUCAUUUCGAGAAAUCGUCAUGCGCUAACAGUAGAAGUUCCGCUUUUCAAAAAGUGAAGAAUGUAUGGUCAAGCAGACUUUUUUACAGUAGACGUUCCGCUAUUCGAAAAGUGAAGAAUGUGUGGUACUAUGGUUAAGCGGACUUUUUUAGGUUUGGGCUGGACUUCUCAAGAGGUUGCACGCCUUCCCCCCCCCCCCGCCCAGUUGAGUUGUCUAAAUGUUUAAGUGUACACUCCUACAGUACUCAAGGUACAAGUAACAAACUGCAGUUUGAAUGAUAAACAAAAUUUACAAAAUUAAUGUUAAAUCAUUUUUUCAAACUUCGCAUUGAGUCAACAUGUAUUUCAAGCUUAACCAAAAGUUAUGUUUAACUCCUACGGUUAAGGUAAAGUAAUACGGGCAACAAAAUUUCUGCAACUUGCAAUAAAAUCUGAUUUCAACGCAUGUUAAUUGGAAAUUUGUACUGAUGGGUGUUGCAACUUGUGUGUGAACAUUUCAAUUAACAUGCGUUGAAAUAAGAUUUUAUUGCAAGUUGCAGCAAUUUUGUUGCUCGUAUUAUAUUACCUUAAAAUGCUCUGACAAUAUUUUAUUAAUUUGCAUGCAGGUAUUUUGGCCAUGCAAAAAUCUAAUGACCCAGUCGUGAGAGAUGAGGAUGAUGAAUUGAUACCAGGUUGGUUGCACGACGAAACGUCAGAGAAUGGUGGUCAAGAAAUAAAAUGGUCGAAAACGAAUGAACUGGUCUAUACCAAUGAAACAGUUGUGAAACGAUUGUAUUUGCUUGCACGCAUCCUCCAAAAAUGUUUUGAUGCUUUAGGGAUUGUUUAUUGGACAAGUGGCGGAACUUUACUUGGCUGUGUUCGACAUCGAGGCCUAAUACCUUGGGAUGAUGAUCUGGAUAUUUGUGUAUACAAAAAAGACGAAACCAAGAUUAAAAAUUCCCUGAACAAUAUGCUACUGGAAAAUGACUGCGAAAUCAUUGAAGUGCCUACAUUUGGUUAUCGUGUGUUCCAUAGAACCGAGUCUGAAGCUUUACCAAGUGAAUAUCAGCAGCAUCGAUAUCCGUUUUGCGAUAUAUUUAUUAUGAAAAGAAAAGCAAUGAUUUCUUUUAUUGCUGCCGGAUCUGGGAGAAGUUUAUGGCCUGAAGAGUAUUAUCAUAACAAAGAUUUAGAUAAAAUGGAAAAGAGGUUAUUUGGAGAUAUUCAUCUUAACUGUCCAGCAAAUGCUAAUGAAUAUCUGUGCCGAACUUAUGGCGAAAAUUGGUUCGAUGAAGGAGCAACACAUAAUUAUGAUCACAUCACCCAGCAAAAUGUUAAUUGUGUCAAGUUUAAACUUCAGACGAAACAUUAUGAACCAGCCCAACCUUUCAUAUAACAUUGUUGGAGGUGUUCAUGGAAAUUUGACCAUGUUCAUUAAAAAAAAACAAGUACAGAACAAUUAGUGAGGCGGAAGAGAGGGCGAGCGUAGACAUGAGGAAUGUUCAGAAAUGGCUUUGUGCAAAUAAACUAAGUCUAAAUAUAGCGAAAACCGAGUAUGUUUUAAUUGGAACACGACAUAAAAUAAGUAAUAUUGAUACCCAUCAAGGAG